GGUGACGUAGUUCACACUUCCGGUAACUGAAAUGACAAAUCCAUGUGCAUUAUUUACAUCAUGUUGUGAUAGUUUUCCUUCAGAAGAAUUUAUAAAGAAAAUAAAAAAACAAAAUGAGUUAGAAGGUGGAGUAAAUGAUUUGGAAAAUAUAUGGCAUUACAAUUGGCACAUUGAUACAAAAUAUUACACAGCAGACAUCGAGCUCUGUCACACCUCAGAACGAACCAUUGGUAACACUGAAUUUGCAGAGUUAGUCCAAGCUGUUAUUAUCUAUUUCAAUCCAAAUCAGGAAUCUAGUUUUGACAAGGCCAAGUCAUGGUUGCCAUAUUUGAAUGAAUUGUCACCUCCUAUACAAAUAUUGGUUUGUGAAACAUGUUGCAAUGAGAAUGUUGUCAAGAGAAACACUGUUCAGGAAUGGUGCAUUAAGAAUGAAUUUGAACUUGUUGAAUUGUCUCCCCUGAAAUCGGAUGAUGAUGAGGAAUAUGAAGAUGACUUUGAGGAAACUACAGGAAUCAGAAGAAUUAUCCAAGCUCUACAUGCUCAUACAUGGUCUAAUCUGGAAAUGAAGGACAACCCAUCUAUACAUAGUCCAUAUAUGAGAAAACUUAUGGAAGAAGAAAAAACAAACAAUGAGAAGCCAGAAUCAGAAUCAGAAGGUGCAUGUGGUGAUUGUAAACGUUUAAAUGACUCGGAUGACCCAGAAUUGAACAAUCAGACAUCUGGAAAGACGAAUGAUAAAACAGACAUCCCAAAAAAAUCAACGAGUGACAGAAUAGAUGACUUGAUUGUACAAGACAAUGACAUGGCAUUGUUUGAUGCUGUUGGGAAUGACGACCCAGGAGGGUCUUUUGAGACACUAUUUGCCAAAUUCAAUUUUAUGAAAGAGAAAGCAGAUACUUUACCUCCUGACCAAAGAAAAGCAUAUGCAGAGAAGGUAGCUGUAUCAUUUUGGAAAGCUUUAGGUGGAGAAGGAGAUGAUGGGAUAGAUUCAAGUGGUGAUGAGACAUAAAUACUGGACUGCAAAUAAAA